GUCCUUGCCAUGGCCAUCCCCACCGCCCCCGCCCUCCUCUUCCCCUCCGUUCUCCCUAACUCAUUCCCCCGCCGGACACCCUGGCGACACCUCGUCCGGCGGCAACCGCGUCACCUCCGCGCGGGCCGCCCGCGCCUGCAGGCGCCGGCGCCGGCUCCUCCCCCGGUGGCGGAGGUCGCGGCGGAGCGGGACGACACGCCUCCGCUCAGGCUGCUCGAGCCGCCGCAGGAGGACGACCCCUUCCCGCCCGAGAUGGAGCCCGCGGACCCUGAUUUCUACCGGAUAGGAUAUGCGCGGAUGAUGCGCGCCUAUGGGAUCGAGUUCCUCGAAGGCCCCGACGGGAUGGGCGUCUACGCUUCCCGGGACGUGGAGCCACUUCGCAGAGCUAGAGUGAUUAUGGAGAUUCCGUUGGAGCUGAUGCUGACUAUAACUCAAAAGAAACCUUGGAUGUUUUUCCCUGACAUUAUUCCACUAGGCCAUCCUAUAUUUGAUGUUAUCGAGUCAACAGAUCCAGAGACAGAUUGGGAUCUAAGAUUAGCAUGUCUUCUUCUAUAUGCAUUUGAUAUAGAAGACAACUUUUGGCAGUUAUAUUCUGAUUUUUUGCCAAGUGUUGAUGAAUGCACUAGUUUGCUGCUGGCACCAAAGGAAGAUCUAAUGGAACUAGAAGAUGAAGAUCUUGCUUCACAAAUGUUAAAACACCAGGAACGAGCAAUUGACUUUUGGCAAAAGCAUUGGGACAAACCAAUUCCUCUAAAGCUGAAACGCCUUGCACGUGACCAUGAGAGAUUUCUCUGGGCACUGAGUAUAGUACAGUCUCGUUCUGUCAACUUGAAGUUGAGAAUGGGAGCCUUCAUCCAAGAUGCAAAUGUGCUAGCUCCUUAUGCUGAUAUGUUGAACCACUCACCCAAUGCUAAUUGCUUCCUGCAUUGGCGUUUUAAAGACCGUAUGCUUGAAGUUAUGAUUAAGGCUGGACAAGCUAUCAAGAAAGGAGACGAGAUGACGAUAGAUUAUAUGAGUGGCGUCAACAGCAAAUUUAUGGAAAGAUAUGGGUUCUCAUCACCAACGAAUCCUUGGGAGCUCAUAAAUUUCUCGAGUCCUGCAACAAUUCACAUGGAUUCCUUCUUAUCGGUCUUCAAUAUCGCUGGCUUGCAUGAUGAGCUGUACCACAAUUCUGCAUUGACCUCAGUAGUAGAAACCGACUUUGUGGACGGAGCAGUCGUAGCAGCAGCCAGAGCAUUGCCGACAUGGUCAGAUGGUGAUGUUCCUGCAAUUCCUAGUGUGGAGAGAAAAUCUGCUCAGGCACUGCAAGAGGAGUGCCGCCAAAUGUUGGAUUCAUUCCCAACUACCAUCGAACAAGACCAGCAGAUCCUAGAUUCCGAUGCGCAUAUCAGCAAAACCCGAGAAAUUGCGAUCAAGUAUCGUCUGCACCGGAAGAUGCUCCUACAGAAAAUCAUGGACGCACUGGACAUAUAUCAGGAUAGAAUUCUGUUCUAGCUGUAGAGGCGGCGCUACCUGUGCUCAUUUAGAGCACAGAACGAGUGCCCAGUUCUACUGCUAGUAAACCUGGGGCCAUUGUAGAAAGGGGAUUUUGUAGGGCAGCCUUUCAGUUCAUAGCGUCUGUAGGUUAACAGCAGAGGAUCCCAGAAGGAAAUCAACAUUAGGAUAGGCUGGUUGCCAGGAAAUAUAGCUGCUGUAAGUUCAAGUCAGCAAGCUGCCAUGUAACUUGUUUGCACAGGGCGGCAAUCUGUCAUAGCCACCUGCAUAUCUCUCAGGCUCAGCUUCACAACAACUUGCACUGCUGAAAGAAAUGGCCUGUGGGCUGUGUCCUGUCACCUGUGUGUGUGAAAUACUAUCCAUAUGAUUGGUUGGCCGC